AUGCAAUGUUCAACCCCCCCUCCCCAGCAUGCGGCUCCCUUGGGGGCAGCCAGCUCUGAAAGGACGAAUGCAGCAGCAGGAGUAGGCCUCCCGAAGAGGCGCAGUCGAUGGGAUCAGGGGCCCCCCACGAGCCAACUGCUGCCCCCCCGACAAGAAGACACCCAGAGGCAUCCCAGUUCGCAGAAGCAGCCUCCGAGCACUCCUCCAAGCGGCAUACCAGCAGCAGGAGAAAGUGCCUUGGACCUGCCUCCGCACGCUGGUAGUCGCAGCUGCGGUUACUUCACUCCCGAUGGCAAGAAGACUCCUGAGCAAGCGCAUGCGGAGAGCCGGUGUGCCUGGACGCUAGAGUCUGGCAACGAAAAAAACAGCAGCUCUCACACUGGCUGGCAACGCACGAGUCAAGACGCGAGGGUUCCAAACGCUCGAGAGGCUCCCCACAACACAGCCUCCAGCACCGCCAGCAAAACUCAUAGGACCCUAAACAAGAGACGUUUUGACCAGGGCCCCGAGUCUGCAGGGGCGGCACUAUCCUCAGCAGAGGCUUCCGAGGAGACAGCGCGUGUGUGGGGAGCAGCGGCCGCAGCAGAAAUAAGGGCACUGGCAGAGAAGGCGGAUCUGUCUCUGCCUGCUGCAGAUCCCGAUAAUCCCUGGGGAGAUAUGCGCGAAACGGAAUUGCACAAGCUGGAGAUGUGGGGUCGUGCUGCCGUUGCUGCGCGAGUUCGGCAAGGCUAUGGAGGCGCUGCUGCGGCAGAUGCGGCUCUUGGGGAGUAUAAAAAAGUGCUGCUGCAGCAGCGGCAGGCUUUAGCUGCCGCAGGCACACCUGUCUCCGAAGGAGAAGUUGUAGGACUCUUCGUCGCAGAGCGUCAGCAUCAGCAAGCGGAGAAGGAGGAGGAGAAGGCGUCUCACCGGGACCGUUAUCCGGAGUCGGAUCGCGCUAGAGCUGCCGUCGAGAGUUUGCAGGAGGAGCGACAUCGCCACAAGAGCCGUGCGAAGAAGGAGAGUGGCUCUGGUAAAUCGUCUUCGCAUCUCUCUGCAACAACAGCAGCAGCAAAGGGGGAUGCACAAAAGGAUGCCGAAGACGCUUAUUCUCUGGAGGCGGUCGACGUCGGCGCCAGUGCCGUGGCUACGGCUUCAGAGACUGUUAAUUCCACUCGUCCUCCCCAAGGGGGGGGGGAGGACGCUGGGGAGGCAGAGACUAGAAUGCAUCGCGAACGGCUUGCAGUGGAGAAACACGAGGAAGCAGCUGUGCAAGCUCCAGGCAAAGGAACCUCCAAACGCCGGCUAGAAGCUGCGGACAGGACUGCUGCAACUGCGUGCGCCAGCCCCUUGCAAACGGCUGAAACUUUUGUGGCAGAUGCAACAGCAGGAGCAAUGGAGGGAUCUGCAGACAAGCGUGGCUUCGAAAUGGCGGCUGCCGACGAUGCGUUUUUGACAGCCUCGAGUCUUAGGGGAGAUGCAGCGCCUGUGGAGACUGCGAAGGAAGUGCAUGCGCACAAAGGGGAUUCUGAGAUGCAUGGAUCCGUGGAAUCUGGGGGAGGGCUAGACACCACCCAACCCUCGCAACACCAACCGCAGGAGCAGAGAAUUACCAACCGAUUGAGCCACGCAGGACGGCGGCUGCACGCAGCAGCGGCAGUAUUGCCUGCACGACGACCAGCAGCUCCUCAGGCGAGCAAAAGUACUGAUGCUCCUGUCUCCGCUGCGUCUGCUUCACCCGUGGACGCCGUCAUGGCAGCGGCUCCAACAAGAGGAGCGAAAGCACCAGAGACAGGAGACGCUGCACUCUGUAUGUCGAAGGUGGUCGAGGUGUCUGGCUCCUCAGAAGGCGAAGGCAUCGAGGCGUUGCUAGCAGCUACGGGCAUACGCCUUACAAGGACGAUGCUGAAGCAGCUGCAAGAGCCUGCAGCCACGCAAGCGCCCCAGCGGCAGCGGCAGCAAGCGGCUCCUCGGAUGGCGAAGCCUGCACCAGCACCAAGGGAGAAGGAAGCUCCUGAGGAUCCGUUUGCUGCUUAUGGUCAGAAGAUCGAGGUUCGAGAGGAUCGUCAGGUCUUCUGCCUCAUUGGGUGUCGAGUGCGAGUAGUGCGAACGUGGAGAGAUCGGCAGAGUCCUGAGACUUUUGAAUGGGCAGAAGGCAUCUUGAAGUAUUACUUGCCGAAGUAUAGGACGAUCUUUGUGCACUUUCUUCUGACGGAGAAUAGGGAGGAGCUGUGCUCGCCAGCCGAUGCGCCUCCGCUUCAUCUCCGGGGUGACAGCCUUCCCCUCUCGCCGGAGGAGACACACAGGGGCUGGUUCUCGUUAGCGCACGAUGUUGUUCGUCUGGUGUCUACGGAGCCGGUGUGGUGGCGUUUCGACAUUCCAAAGCCCUUGCUUUCGCCUGGCGAGAAGCACCAGCAGAGACUGCAGGAGCAGCAGCAGAAACUGCAACAAGGCGAGACGGGGGAGCUCCCGAUGAGAGCCUCUGCCGCCUCAGGUGCCGAGCAGCCACCUCAGCAAGAGCAUGCAAAGGGCUCAGAUACGCGACAACGGAAGGCCGAAGCCUCGGAGGAUGCGCUGCAUAGCGCAUGUAAUAGCAUUCAUGCUGCUGUUUUUGCUGCUGCUUGUGCCUCCGUUGCUGCCGUGUGUUAUCCUGCAGGGGGAUGGCCAUUGGCUCCGAGCACCGUGGUGUAUGACAGAUCUAGGAAGGCAUACGUGAGCACGUUUGUAUUGCCAUCUCGCCGUCUUUGUUUGCCGCCAGGUCUAUCCGUCUCUGCGCGCGCCAGUCUUCUUGCAGGCUUCAAGAGGCAGCAGGAAUCUCGGGUGCUGAGGCGAUCUUUUUCCUUAUCCCGCUUCUGCUCUUUGCCGCUUGCCUUCGCCCGUGCCCAAUCUGCUCUUCUUUCAAGGCAAGGCUCGCUGCUGUGGAGGGUGUCUAGACACCCUGGCGAUGAAUUGGAAAGUGAAGGCACCCCAGCGCCACCCGUCACUCUCACCGUCAAGAUGCGGCAACAGCAGCAAACGCAGCAAAAGCAGCAACAGGACGGUGUGCCAUCUGAAGAUCUCCCAGCAGGGGUGCAUGACGUCCAACAGCAAGAGAAAGAGCGACAGCAAGAGAAAGAGCACCUGCAAGAAGAAGUACAGCAACAGCAGCAAGAGAAAGAGCAGCUGCAAGAAGAAGUACAGCAACAGCAGCAAGAGAAAGAGCACCUGCAAGAGGAAGUACAGCGAAAGCAGCAAGAGAAAGAGCACCUGCAAGAAGAAGUACAGCGAAAGCAGCAAGAGAAAGAGCACCUGCAAGAGGAAGUACAGCAACAGCAGCAAGAGAAAGAGCACCUGCAAGAAGAAGUACAGCAGCAGCAGCAAGAGAAAGAGCACCUGCAAGAAGAAGUACAGCAACAGCAGCAAGAGAAAGAGCAAGAAACGGGGGAGGGCCUUCUGGAAGGCGAGAAGGCUUCGCAGCACACCCUUAAGGUUCAGCUCUGCCCGAAUCCUCGCAACAUUAUGGGCUUGGAGGAAGGUGGACGCAAUGACAGGGGAAUGCGCACCCCUUGGGUGUGCAGAGACUGUGCGCAGUGUCUGUACUGCUGCGAGCCUAUCGAUAUGCCCCUAACUGCGGAGAGAAGUCCUGCAGCAGUUGCAGCUGCCAAACGCGAUGUAGCAGGCUCUGACACUCGGCGGCUGGCCGAAAAUGUGCCGCCGUGUGUGCGUGCGUGUGGAUGCCUCUGUCGCCGCAGCGUUGACGAGGGGCAGUUCUGUUUUAUGUGUCUCAAGACGUGGGCAGCCGACGGGGCGGGUGGGGAGGACUUGAGUGCAGGAGCCGCUGGUGGGACAAGUGUGAGUGCCGUUGAGACAUGGGUUCAAUGCGACGGUUGCAAGGCUUGGAUUCACACGCGUUGCGAUCCCCGGCUUGCAAAGGGCACUCACGAUCCUCAGCAGCUGAAGACAAUGAAAUACAGUAUACAGAAUACCAAAACGCUGCACAUGCCCAACACGAGACAGUACAAGGCAGCUGCUGCGUUGCAGCGCAAAGCGAACGAGCUCCUCGUGAGCGUCCUUGAGCUUCCCCAUAAGGAGCCGUUGGCGCUGGUAGACGCGCAGGCAACCCCGAGCAGCAGCAUUAGCAGCAGCAGCAGCAGUAGCAGCAGCAGCAGCAGCAGUAGCAGCAGUAGUAGUAGCUGUAUCAACAGCACCGGGGGCAGUGCAUCUGGGGAGAGCUGUUCGCGGCAGCAAUCGGCGGCACAGACGCCCUCGGAAGUCUCCGCGCUGCCCGUCCUUGACGAGCAGCAGGGGGAUUGCUCUCCAGCAGUUGCGGAUGCGGAGCUUAUACCCCUGACAGCCGACUGGAAAGCUCCCCAAAGCAAAGUCACGUCUGGCCUUCGCCGAGGGAGUGCCAAGGGCUUUACGAGGAAUCGCGAUGUCUCAGCAGGGGCCUCUCCUGGAUCCUCUAGUGGGCAGCAGGCAGACGCAGCAGCAGAGGCUUCCGCAGUGGCACUGACCACGCACCAGCUGCUUCUUCUGAAAUCUCCCGCUGCUGUUCGAGGCUUGCAGCAGCUGUUGCGACGCCUCCAGCCGCACUUCCCGUGCGGCUUUCCCCUCGCCCCCCUUUCCGCCUUGCCGCACCGCUGCCCCUCCCCCAUGCUGCAGUGGCGUUUCAGCCAUGAAAGUCGUCUCGAAUCGAAGGGAACGCUGCUCUUGCCGCAUCUAAGUCCUCCGAUCUGCAGUCGAGAGCCGCCGCCUCCGCCACCUAAGGGGCUUCCGCUGUACGUGCUGCAGCUGCCUGUACACUUGGCGGGGGACGCAGCUGCGCAGUGCCUAAAGGUUCCGCAGCAACAGCAGCAGCAACAGCAGCAAGAGCAGCACCAGCACCAGCAGCAUGCCAUGGGCAUAGUAGAAGCUCGUCGCAGCUGCACUGGGCAGCGGAAGAAGCGGAAGAAAGACGCAGAGGCACAGCAGCAGCAGCAGCAGCUCGCGAUUCGGCCCUUCCAUGCAGCAUCGACAGCAGCAGGACUCAUUAUCGACACUCCUGCAACCGCGACUCCUGCUUCUGCCAUAGGCGCACUGCGGAUGUACAGAGGUCGCAUGCCCGCUUCGGUUGCCGUGUUUCCUUUUGCAGAGGACACGUCUGCCUAUCUUCAAGCUUUCCACGUUCUCUAUGCAGCCUGGGCAUGCGCGGGAGGGGGAGGAAGGGGACCUUCUGCCGAUUCAGGCAGGGGCGUUCGCGGAGACGGCGCAGCAGCAGAGGCAUGUGCUGCUGCCGCUGCAGGAGCAGCUCAGCUGUGGAGCGACUGCUGCAGCCUCUGCGGCUCCUUCGCCUAUCAGCAACUGCUGCUGCACUGCCGCUGCUGCGGGGAGUCCUUUCACUCCUUUUGCUUAGGCUCUCCAGCUCCCAGAGCGUUAGACAGAAAGAUGGAGGCGCUAGAGGCUCUCUCCAAUGGCAGCAGCAGUCUUGCCAGCAACUGCAACUGCAACAGCAACUGCAACAGCAACUGCAACAGCGACUGCUGCAACAGAAGCAGCACAGACUUCGCGGUUGCUACUGGGGAGUGUCCAGCGUGUCUCUCGUGUGUAUGCUGUGGAAGGCCGUCUCCCUGCCUCUCUCUCUGGGAUUCUCGCAACAUCCUGGAUAAAGCAGCAGCUGCUGCCGCGAGAAUGCUUCCGCAAGAACUCCAGCAUCAAACUGAGCACCGCAAGCAGUGCACUCCUGGCGCUCGCAGUUCGUCUAGCACCCUUCCUGCUGCUGCUGCGACUGCUGCUGCUCCUCCCACAGCCGCAGCUGCAGAUCGCAUGCUGGAUGUCUGCUUCUGCAGCGACUGCGGAGCUGCCGCUCACAGCCGCUGUCUCGCUAAAGUAGAGGAAGUCCUCAUUACGCAUGAACCUCCGCAGUCGCCUCUGCAGCAGCACAGCCUGCAACCCCUGCGCGUCUCGGAAGCGGAGCAGCAGCAUCCCACGGCUGCUGCUGCUCCAUCGACGGCGUGGAGGACUGCCACAGAGCAGAAGGCGCUCAAGGAUCUCAAGGGAAUAAUACAGCCUCGGACGCGACGGCAAAGCCCGUUGUCUGCUGCCAUGCCCGCUACUGCUGCUGCGCUCACCCCACAAGCGAGAGGCUUAGCAGCAGCAGGUGCUGUGUCGGAUCCUUUGAACUACCAAACUCUCUCCGCUGCCGCCACACUGCGGGGUAUCUCGCCGAGGAGUGCCUCUCUGACGACAGCAGCAGCUUCAUCCAGUGCUGCUGCAACUGCAGCCAUAGAUCUGGAGGUUCCAGCACAACUCGCUGCCGUGGAGUCUCCUCCCUCGGCAACAGCACCCAAGCCGUUGAGCUUCGCUGCCGAACGAGGCGCUGCAGGAAGAUCUUUUUCGGCUACUGCUGCUGCUGGAGAAGGAGGUGGUCUUGCGGAAGCUGCGAAUGCAGCUGCAACAGCCCACAGUCUCCCUGAAGCGUCGUCUCCUGAAACUCCUUUGGACGUCUCGCCUUUGGGCAAGUUCUUCGCAGACGCUGCAUCUGCAGACUUUGCAAUCGCAUGCGCAGUCUUAUUCGCACCAGCCGUCCGUGGUAGCGGGGUUGCCUUCUACUGGUGGGGUUGGUGGGGUGUUUGCUGGCGAACCUCAAGCGCUGAAGCAGCACUUGCUGCAACACCAGUCGGCGCUCAUACGCAGAAACGAGGAGCUCAUUCAAGCCUUGCAGGAGCAACGUACAUACUCCUUUGUUCAGCAGCACUUGCUGAAGCAGCCGUUGCUGCCGCAGCACCUGAUGCAGCACACCCUUGCCGGAUCGUCUUCCUUGCUGCCCCAACAGAUCCUGAAACAACUGACACACCCUCUGGUAGACGCUGCAGCAGCAGGAGGAGUCAGCAGAGCAGUGCCGCCUUUACAGCAGCCAUCGCCACAGCAGGGCAUCGUAGCCUCUCCAGUGAGUGUGCUGCCAGACUGCGCCUUUUAGGGCUCUCAGAAGAAGCCGACAACGCUGCGUGGCAUCGACGCCAGCGAGCAGCGCUGCAUGCUGAUCCCGAUACGCCGAGUUUGACCUCCUCGGACUGCUCUCCAGUGUCUAGGGAAGUCGCUGCAACGUCUGAAGCAGCCGGAGGGGAAGGGCGAAACAGUGAGACGGCCACGAAAAACUUCAGCUGCCUCGAAGGAGACAGCAGCAUCCGCAGCGUUGUGACGGUAUGCGCUUUGUGUGGCUCUCUCGACAAACGUGUCCCCGCAUUCAGCGGAUCGGCGGAAAAUUCACUCGAAAGCACAGGUUUAUCAUCGGGAAGCAGCAACGACUUGAGUGCACGCAAAAGGAGACGCAAAGCCCCCCUAUUCGUGAUGGACGGCCUUGAGGGCUUAUGUGAUGCAUGCGCAGAGUUAGCGGAUCAUCCGGCUGCAGCGCGAGCUGUUGCUGAUGCUGAUUCGAAGACUGGGGAUGCUGCUGCUACUACUGCUGCUACUACUAAUGCUGCUAAUGCUACCAAUGCUACUACUAAACAUAGCGGCGUUCCUGCACUGCUUGCGCGUGCCCACGCUGCUGUAUCAGUUCACGCGCAGCUGCAGUCCCUGCUGCUACAGACACUGCUCCCCCUUGUGGAUCAAGGGGGGAGGAAGGGCAGCCACCCCACAGAGUCUCUGAGAAGUGCUGGCAGUGCGAUGACGCGCGUCCCCCUAGCAAGAUGCACACUGCAGCCGGCCGAGCUUAGAUCCGCCAUCGGAGAUCUCGUAGAUCAUCUGCUGCAUGCAGUCCAGUCAGACACUUCCGACGUCGAUCAGCUGCAUCACGGGCUGCCGCUCGAGGGGAAAAGACAGCAGAACGCCUACAAGCGUCUCUGUCUCCGCCUUUUCUCACUCCUGGAAGGCUCAGCGACGUUGCCAUCUGCCCUGAACGCCUUCGUCUUGGCGUCACUACGCCGCUCGGCCCGUGCAGUCAAAUUGGAGAAGGAGCCGCGAGAGGAACCAAGACGGAAGAAGGGGGCCUGUGGUGAUGGCGAUGUAAUGCUCGGUGUUGUUGCGUUGCAGGUGCUCUACGCGCUGUUGAGUGCCUCGGCUUCUGCGGUAUUCGGCUGCAACGUUCGAACCUCCCUUGGAAACUGCUCUCCCUGGUCUGCAGCGUCUCGGGAGCUUCGACUCGUGCGUCGCCGCCUCUUUUACCGACUGCAUCGUGCUAUGUGUCGUCUGGAGAGCCUUAGCAAAGCGGGCGAUGGGGUCAGCAGCUGCUGCACGGGUAGCGCUGCUUCGGCUCAGGAGGCGGUCGCCAUCCCUUCGCUGCUGGUUCGUUUGCUGGCACUAAGCCUGCGGAAAAAAAGCGGCGAUCCGCGCAGCUGUUUCUUGGGCGCUUGCACUUCUGCGGCGGCAGCAGCAGCAGCGGGAGAUUCUCGUUUUUGCGUCUUUUGUGGAGUUAGUGGUGACAGAUUAAUUGCAGGCCACCUGCUGCCGCUGCUGGAUUCGUGGGCACACGCAGGCUGCUGUGCAUGGGGGGCCUCUUCGCAUGCACCAGCAGCUGCGGUGCUCUCUCCGGAAAUGCUGCAGCUCGCUGAUCCUUUUGCUGGACUCCAACGCAUGCGGCGGCAGCGGCAGCGGCAGCCGCAGCAAGGCAUGAAGAUGCAGGGCGAGAUGGAGCUGUUCAGAUCCCCUGUUUCGGAUACACCAACAACGCAUGCAUCCGCAUCCCCCACAACUCCCUCAGACACUGCAGGCGAUGCUGCUGCUGCAGCACAUCGCCGACUCCAUGGAGGCAGCAAAGAAGUCGUCCGGCCUUUUGCGGCUUUACCCGAGCAGCUUCCGCCGAUCGAGAUCUCCGCCGAUGUGCUGCUGGCAAAUGCCGCAGCUGCACGUCGCAGCCGCUGCGCGGCUUGCGGCCGUGCAGCGGCUCAAACGGCUGCAAUACCACUGGAGGAAGCUGCAGCGGAAGAUCCUCUUUUUGUCGCACUUGAGGGAGUCGGGGGGGGGGCUGCAGCGGUUUUGCUGCGGCUGCUGCUUCAGAGUCUGCGUAUCCAGCCUCCUAGCUUUGCAUCGGAGGCAAACGCAGCCGCAGUUACUGCCGCAGCACUUGACGUCGACUCGCAUCCUCUCGGACUGGCCUUAAGGCAGCUGCCUGCGGCGACAGCAGAUGAGGCAGCUGCUACUGGCGAGACUGCUUCAGCGGCUUCAGAAGCAGUUGCCCUUCUCCAGCAGCUGAUGGAAGAUGCGCAUGCAGCACUUCAGAAUCAGUGCUCCUUCUUGUCUCCAGAGCUUCCUCCUUCUGCAGGCGGCCGCUGUGCUGCUGCUGAAGUCUUGCCAUGUUUUUCCCCCGAGGCUGCAUCCAGCAUUCGCACGCUGCAGGGGGAGGUGCCAGAGACGCAGACAGCUAAUACGGCUGUGGCGGCAGCACACACGCUGCAACAGCAACAACAGCAACAACAGCAACAGGAAAAGCAGGAAAAGCUGCAGCAGCUAGAGCUGCAGCAUGCCCCCACCUCUUCGGUGCUCGUGAGAUAUGGAGGCCUUACCCUGAUAUCUCUUGGGCUACCGUUGUUGUUCGACGGAAGUCGCGAUUCUUUGUUUCCCAUCGGCUACUGUGCUGCCCGGCGAUUCUGGAGUGUGGACGUUCCCGCCAGCGCGCACGAUCCUCUGUGCAGCAAGAGCAAGAGCAAGAGCAGCAUUAGUAGCAGCAGCAUUGGCAGCAACAGUAGUCGGAGGCUUCGAAGGGCCACAUAUCUUUGCAGCAUCACGGCACACAAGGAGCGUCCCUACUUCAUUCUUGACUGCCUUUCCCAGCCUGCUUCUGGCCCUACCGAAGUGUUGUUGGCAGCGACAUCACAAGCAGCAUCAGCGCAGAUCUCAGCCCCUUUGUGCUCUGCAUGCCGCUUUGGAUGGCGCGUUGCAGAAGGUUUCGAUGUGCACCUAGUUGUUGGCACGCUGUUGAAGGAGUUGCAGCGGCAGCUGCACCCUCAGGAAAACAGCAAUCUCGCUUCCUCUACGGGGGAGACUGUCGCCGGUGCAUCCGCAUGCACAGAGGACAGCGGGAGCAGCAGCCCGACCAUGAACCCGCUGCCUCCUGUUGACAGCAUCUCAAGAAACGAAUUCGAACUGGAAGGCGCUAGUGCUACUCCAAUAACAGCACCGCUAAAGACUGAGCAACCCUCUCACCAGCAACCCUCUCACCAGCAGCUUCCACAAAACUCCCGGCAGAGUCAGAAGCCCAUUACUUUGUCAGAGGUGGACGCUGAGGCCUUCUUUGGCCUCAAAUGCCCUUAUGUCGUACAGCGCUUGCGAGAACUGCUGCCUCAAAUCUUGGCAUCGCGUGCUCUGCAGCAGCUGCGGCAACGGGCUAUAAGCCGCCUUCCACCGCAGAGCUGCAGCAGCACCGCUUGGUCUGCGGGCAGCGCAGCCGCGGCGAAAGCGGGAGGCGCUUUCUGCGUGCCUCGCGAUCUGCAGUCCUCUGCAGUCCCCGAAGCUGCAGAGGGAGAGGAAUUCUUUACUCGCGUGCAUGCCAGAGACAAGCCGGUGGUAGAGUACGUGGGUGCAGUGAUCCGCAACGUGGUGAGCGACAAGCGGGAAGUAUUGUAUGAAAUGCAAAGAGGUGGCGAUGGCUCCUGCUACAUGUUUCGACUAGAUGACGCCUUCGUCGUGGACGCAACUCGCAGAGGAAAUGUUUCGCGUUUCAUCAAUCAUUCUUGCGCGGUAAGCGUGUGGAGCAGCUUCCAGCACGGAGACUGUGGAAGUAGCUUGCGCGCGGGAGGGGUGGAGGGGGUGACGGCUUUAAAUAGGACAGGAAAAACUUGUCUCCGUGUGUGUGCGCACUUUGAUUGUCUAUCUAGAUGUGUAUGUGAAUAUGGUGGGUUGCGUUAUAAUAAGAGCCAUGCCCAACUGCACGUGCCGCAUAGUCGUCUGCGAAGCGGGUCUGAAACACAUCCUCAUCAUUGCCAAGGAGGAUGUUCCCGCUGGGGCGGAGGUGACUUACGAUUACCAGUUUGGCAUUGA